CCAGCCAUUGUCUUUAGAAGUAAUUACGGGUCCGAAAAGAGGCAAGUGAGAAAAUUGUCACCAUGCAAAAGAAGCGGAAUUAUAUUUAUUUGAUUAGUGUUUUAUGGAUAUCAAAUGCUUUGUCGCAGGCAGUAAAUGAUCCGAACAACCAAACAGAGCCCGUCGAUUUCACAGUUGUGGACGAUACAGCGUUGAACAGUGCGACAAAGUCUAAAGAUGGUCUCCCAAAAAAUGUUGAUUUAAAUUUAGAUGUUUUAGGACGAACAGUGUCUCUUCAUCUUAAAAGAAAUCCAAAGGCAACAAGUGCCAAAAAUGUUUAUGUGAUAAGAAAAUCAGAAUCUGGAAUACCAGUUGUUAUGCCGUAUGGCCUUGGGGAAAAUGAGGUGUUUGGAGAAUAUCAAGACCCUGCAAACUGCGCCAUUUUUACUUUGUCAUGUCCCAAAGACAAUGUAUCCAAUAACACGGGCAACUGUGAUACCACCAUGGAAGGGACGUUUUGCUCCGGAAAUCAAGAAUAUCGAAUGUCUCCAAUGCAAGACUCUGCAUUAGGAAGAAUAAAAAGACAGAGCCCCCAAUAA